UUAAAAUUUUGAAACAUUUGACAGAAAACAGAUAUAUGGAGUGUGAUUAAAAAUAGUGAUGUACCCUGACCCCACCCGGACCGCACGUAAUAAAUUUAAAUGUUUAAAAAGCAAGUCACGUGUCGUUUUUAUCAAAGAACAUACAUGCUCUAUCAGACUGCUGUCUAGCAUGGUUUAGUGUCUACCCCCGCAAAUAAUUGACAACCAUAAACCCUGUGUGGUAAAAUGACAGCGGAAGAUUCCUAUACAACAUGGAUGGCUGAUCUAUCCCCAGAACUAACGCGUAUACCUGUAUGUUCAUUAGCAAUACCAGGGUCACAUGACUCGGGUGCGUACUGGCUAGAUAAGGCUGGUGAAAUCGCUGAGGACGAACCGCCGAUACUCCGGAGGAUGGCUAAAAGCUGCUGUUGUGUUGUACCUAUCGUCCAUCGAUGGUCUUUGACACAAAAUCUGACAGUUAAAGAGCAGUUGGAACACGGAAUUCGCUACCUCGAUCUACGCCUGUGUGGGCGCCCCGGAAGCCCAGAUGUGUAUGUGGCUCAUGGCCUCUAUGGUAACAAACUUGAAGAUAUUCUUAUGGAAAUCAAAGAAUUCCUGAACGAGAAUCCGAAAGAGUUUGUUAUUCUGGACUUUAACCAUUUUUAUAACAUGACUUCUGUUGACCAUAGACAAGUUUUACAUCAAAUCAUCGGAACAUUUGACGCCAAGAUUCUCAGUGGGGAUACUUCUAUGUCGGUUUGGAAAAUGACAUUGGAAAACCUCUGGAAAACUCCAGCGAGAGUAAUGGUGUUUUAUGGUCACCCAUCUCGGAAUGAAUUCCCUUUCUUUUGGUCUGAGGAAUAUAUCCAGUCUCCAUGGGCCAACACCGCCAGUUCUUCAGCCAUGGUGAACUUUCACGAAUGUAAUUAUAACCAAAACGUAAGGAGGGGAGCGGGUGAGUUGUACGUGUGACAGGGAAUACUGACGCCAUCGGCAAAGACGAUAAUCGCAAACUUAUGUUCAUCCCUCGAGAGUAAACUUGUUCCUCGAGCAAAUCCAGCGUUCUUGGGUUGGCUAAGAAGAAAAGUUCCGAGUCAUGUUGGUAUAAAUAUUUGCGCUGUGGAUUUUGUGGAAAAGCAUGAUUUUGUUCGCGAAGUUCUUUCAUUAAAUACACGUAUACAGUCUUAAAAUCUAUUGUACAAUAUAUGUGCAUUCUAUUUUCAAAUGACUAUUAUCAUUGCAAACAUAUUACUUAGGCCAACUUUAAAAAAAUGUUUUGAUUCAUCAUUGCCAACUGUUGACUAGGUUUUGGUCUAAAACGAUCCAAUACAAAACUUUUUCAUUAACAUCCAGGAAACUACGUGUAUUUUUUUCUUCUCACCCAUUAUGUACCAUACAACAAAUUUUGAACAUAUCUUGAUUUUUCUGUCUUAAUAAAAACAAGUGCGGGAAUAAUGAGCAAUAAAAAUCUGGUGACCAAUGAUAGAAUUCUGUGUUUAUCCAAGUGACUUUCGGUGAAGAUCAAUUCAUUUUGGCUCACAAUUUUCUAAAUUAGACAAAGGUUGAUUUUUCAAAACAUGACAUCCAACAUAAAUGGAAUAGUUUUUAACAUGAAACUUGCAAUAAAAAACCCACUCGAGGUCAAA